AUGGCUACUAAUGCCUCCGCAAGCAUCAACGUCAACGACCCCGGUCUCAUCACCCUAGUGAACAAGCUCCAAGAUGUCUUCACCACAGUCGGAGUCCAAAACCCCAUCGACCUUCCUCAAAUCGCCGUCGUAGGUUCGCAAUCAAGUGGAAAGAGUUCGGUCUUGGAAAAUAUAGUCGGCCGCGACUUCCUGCCUCGAGGAACUGGUAUCGUGACAAGACGGCCACUCAUCCUGCAACUCAUCAAUCGAGCACCCCAACCCAAGUCGCAAGAGAACGGCGCAGCUGCCGAGGCUGUUGAUGGUGCUGCAGACAAGGAGUCCAACGUAGAUGAGUGGGGCGAGUUCUUGCACAUUCCUGGUCAAAAGUUCUAUGACUUCAACAAGAUCCGCGACGAGAUUGUGCGCGAGACCGAGUCCAAGACUGGUCGCAAUGCUGGCAUUUCACCUGCCCCCAUCAACCUGCGCAUCUACUCGCCAAACGUCCUGACUCUUACCCUGGUCGAUUUGCCCGGUCUUACCAAGGUGCCUGUUGGCGAUCAACCCCGCGAUAUUGAGCGUCAGAUCCGCGAGAUGGUCCUUAAGCAAAUCAGCAAACCUAACGCCAUCAUCCUCGCUGUCACUGCUGCCAACACCGAUUUGGCCAACUCGGACGGUCUUAAGCUGGCUCGUGAAGUCGACCCUGAGGGUCAGCGCACCAUUGGUGUUCUGACCAAGGUCGAUUUGAUGGAUGAGGGUACCGACGUUGUCGACAUUCUUGCUGGUAGAAUCAUUCCUCUGCGCUUGGGAUACGUACCCGUCGUCAACCGUGGCCAACGUGAUAUUGAGAACAAGAAGGCCAUCUCAUACGCCCUCGAGCACGAGCGUGCCUUCUUCGAGAACCACAAGGCUUACCGCAACAAGAGCAGUUAUUGCGGUACUCCUUACCUCGCUCGCAAGCUCAACCUGAUUCUUAUGAUGCACAUCAAGCAAACUCUACCCGACAUCAAAGCCAGAAUCUCUGCAUCCUUGCAAAAAUACACAGCCGAACUCAACACCCUUGGAGACUCGAUACUUGGCAACAGUGCAAACAUCGUCUUGAACAUCAUCACCGAAUUUUCCAACGAAUACAGAACAGUCCUCGAGGGAAACAACCAGGAACUUUCUAGCAUUGAACUCUCCGGUGGUGCCAGAAUUUCUUUCGUUUUCCACGAGCUCUACGCAAACGGUGUCAAGGCAGUGGAUCCCUUCGACCAGGUCAAGGAUAUCGACAUCCGCACUAUUCUCUACAACUCGUCUGGUUCUUCGCCUGCUCUGUUUGUUGGUACUACCGCGUUCGAGCUCAUCGUUAAGCAACAGAUCAAGAGGCUGGAAGACCCCAGCUUGAAGUGCGUUUCUUUGGUCCACGAUGAACUGGUCCGCAUCUUGGGUCAACUCUUGAACAAGCCUCUUUUCAGAAGAUAUCCUUCAUUGAAGGAGAAGCUUUACCAGACAGUCAUCAACUUCUUCAAGAAGUCCAUGGAGCCAUCUAACAAGCUUGUUAAGGAUCUUGUUGCCAUGGAGGCUUGCUACGUUAACACUGGCCAUCCAGAUUUCCUUAAUGGUCACAGAGCUAUGGCUAUUGUCAACGAGCGUCGUCACGCUUCUAGACCUACACAAGUUGACCCCAAGACUGGCAAGCCUUUGCCACCAUCCGCUGUGCCGCCGCGCGCUGCAAGCCCUUCAUUGUCUCUUGACGGAAAUGACACCUCGGGCGGUUUCUUCGGCAGUUUCUUCGCCAGCAAGAACAAGAAGAAGAUGGCUGCCAUGGAGGCACCCCCACCAACACUCAAGGCCAGCGGCACACUUAGUGAGAAGGAGAGUGAAGAAGUCGAAGUCAUCAAGCUCCUCAUCACUAGUUACUUCAACAUUGUGCGCCGAACUAUGAUCGACAUGGUCCCCAAGGCCAUCAUGUUGACCCUGGUGCAAUUCUCAAAGGAAGAGAUGCAACGCGAGCUCUUGGAGCAAAUGUACCGCACACAAGAGUUUGACGAUCUGCUCAAGGAGAGCAACUACACAGUGCGCAGACGCAAGGAGUGCCAGCAGAUGGUCGAGAGCUUGGGCAAGGCAAACGAGAUUGUCAGCCAAGUGCAGUAG